AUGAAAGUCGACCGGUUCUCGAUAACUCGCCUGAGCAAUCAAAUUCUGGGAAAUCGCAACAACAGCAACAGUCAACGGCACACGGCUACUUUCACCAUCAGCGACAACGAUGCGACGACAAACGCAACAAAUGGCACAACGGUGGACAUUGAUAACCAUACCGUGUCAACGGUUAGUUCUGCGUCCGAUGGAAAACGACCGAGCUUUGGCUACCUGACCAGGGAACCGUUACCCCGAUUGGAAUACUAUCGCACAUCGAAACGGGCCAUUAAACGACCAUCGUUAGGUGAACUGCACGGAGACCUUGACAGAAAACCGGAAUCCAAAGUAGAGGACGACAAACCGGACGUGCACGGUCACGGCAUCAAGCUAGGAUGGAUCGAAGGCGUGCUGAUACCAUGUCUGCUCAACAUUUGGGGCGUGAUGCUAUUUUUGCGUCUCAGUUGGGUAGUGUCACAGGCCGGAAUAAUAGAAUCGUUGGUCAUCAUCGUAAUCUCGUACUUGGUAUGCGUUAUAACGGCGCUAUCCCUAUCGGCCAUCUGUACCAACGGCCAAGUGAAAGGUGGUGGUAUCUACUAUCUGAUUUCGAGAUCACUCGGGCCGGAAUUCGGUGCAUCCGUGGGCAUCGUGUUUGCAUUCGCAAACUCCGUGGCAGCCUCGUUGAACACAAUCGGUUUCUGUAAUUCCCUGAAUGAUUUGCUAAAAACGUUCGACGCAAAGAUAAUAGAUGGCGGUGUUAAUGAUGUCCGAAUCGUCGGUACAGUGGCUAUCAUAAUCAUGGUCAUCAUUUGCGCUGUUGGAAUGGAAUGGGAAGCAAAGGCACAGAACUUCCUUAUAGUGACAAUUGUAGUCGCAAUUUUUAACUUCUUGAUAGGCGUGCUAGUUGGACCGACUAGUGAUGAAAAGAUCUCACAAGGCUUUAUAGGCUUUUCGAAAGAAGUCUUCGCGGAAAAUCUACAAUCGGAUUAUCGGUGGAGUGAGAAUUCGGAUCACACAUUCUUUACUGUUUUCGCAAUUUUUUUCCCAAGCGUGACCGGAGUUCAAGCAGGAGCGAACAUAUGUGGCGAUUUAAAAGAUCCUGCUACGGCUAUUCCAAAAGGAACGCUGCUAGCACUGCUCAUCUCAGCUAUAUCUUACGUAUUAUUUGUAUUUUUCGCUGGAGGUGCAGCCCUGCGUGAUGCAUCCGGUAAUAUAACCGAUUAUGUAAAUGGGACAUUUCCAUCCUGCGCAAACUGCGCUUAUGGGUUACACAAUGAUUACACGGUGAUGCAGCUGAUGUCCCUCUCCAGCUAUAUCAUCUAUGCUGGAUGCUUUGCUGCAACUCUCAGUACCGCGUUGACUAAUCUCCUCUCGGUUCCAAGAAUAAUCCAGGCUCUUGGAAUCGACCGCAUCUAUCCGGGUCUAAUCUUCUUCUCAAAAGGUUAUGGAAAACACGGAGAGCCCUACCGAGGCUACGUGUUAGUUUUGCUGAUAUCUGUCCUUUUUGUGCUGAUAGCAGACAUCAACGCCAUCGCACCUCUGAUUUCCAACUUUUAUUUAGCAUCAUAUGCGUUGAUCAAUUUCUGUACUUUCCACGCAGCUAUCGUCAAGCCAUUGGGAUGGCGACCAACUUUCAGAUUCUAUAAUCCCUGGUUAAGCUUAGUCGGAUCAGUAGGAUGCAUUGCUAUUAUGUUUAAGCUAGACUAUACGUUCACAGCUGUUACGAUAGUGGUUAUAUUCAUAUUAUACUUAGUCGUUGUUUAUCGAAAGCCGGAUGUUAACUGGGGUUCUAGUACCCAGCAGCAAACAUACAAAAGUGCACUCUCAUCAACGCUUAAGCUUCAAACCAUCGGCGAUCAUGUUAAAAACUAUCAUCCUUCGGUGCUCGUUUUGGCGGGAAAUCCCAUGAAUCGUCCUCCUCUGAUAGACAUGGCAAACCUUAUCACCAAGAACCACUCGCUAAUGAUAGUAGGAGAUAUCAUCGAAGAACGACUGUCCUAUCGUAAACGACAAGAGCAAAACUCGAAGUACACAAAGUUUUUGGAAAUCCGGAAAAUCCGCGGCUUCUACCAGCCAAUCGAUGGUCUAUCGUUUGAAGAUGGUGUGCACGCUUUGAUUCAGACCUCUGGAGUGGGUAAAUUGUCUCCAAAUAUCGUAAUGAUGGGCUUCAAAUCGGAUUGGAUGACAUGUCCAGUGAAAAAUCUACUGAAGUACUACAACGUUUUACAUGAUGCAUUUGAUUGCCGUAUGGCUAUUUCGAUACUUCGACUACCAAAUGGAUUAGAUUUUUCGCAUCUGAAUACGGAAAUUGUGUCUACUCCUAGCAACGAUCCGAAUACCGGUGGCCAUCCAAAUCAUCACACCAUAUCGACGAUUGCCGCUGAAGGGCUGAAGCCACCGACAAAACUAAUGCAUGUUGAUUCCAAUCUAAAUCUUGAUUCACUAGCAGGAAGUAAUCACACGACUUUAACAAUACCUCAACCGACCCCCUUAUCGAAUAGGAGAGACCUUCUGGCAACGCGUGACAGUAUAAUCUACUCAACUCGCGGGGGCUCAUUUGUUGACAAAGAGAUCCUCGAUCGGAUGGGUGUUUUCCAGAAGAAACAACCAAAGGGUACGAUCGACGUCUGGUGGCUGUACGAUGAUGGUGGCCUCACCAUGCUGGUCCCUUAUAUCAUAUCGAUGAGAUCGAAAUGGGCGCAUUGUAAAAUUCGGGUAUUUGCUUUAACCAACCAACAGAUGGAGUUAGAGGUGGAAGAAAGAAACAUGGCAAAUCUCCUCAUGAAGCUGCGGAUUAACUACUCCUCGUUGACGAUGCUUCAGGGCGUUAUGGACGCUCCGCAGCAGGAAACCGUCGACAUGCAUGAGCGAUUGCUGAAGAAUUUUCACAAAAACGAUGGCACCGAAAUACCGAUCAGUGACACAGAACAACUAGCACUGCAGGAGAAAACAAACAGACAGCUUCGAUUACGUGAAAUGCUAAUCGAACAUUCCAACAGUGCCAAUCUGAUCGUCAUGUCCAUGCCUAUGCCUAGAUUGGGAACCGUUUCAGCGCCACUGUACAUGUCUUGGCUGGAAAUGCUCACAAAGGACAUGCCGCCGUUUAUGCUAGUUCGGGGUAAUCAAACAUCAGUCCUCACGUUCUACUCCUGA